CGCUGCUCCUCGAGUCUCAGUCAUGAACUACCUGCGCCGCCGUCUGUCGGACAGCACCUUCAUCUCCAACCUGCCCAAUGGCUACAUGUCCGACCUGCAGAAGCCGGACCCCCCUCAGCCUCCCCCCCCGGGCCCAGCACCAGCAGCCGCUCCGGGGUCCCCGGGGCCGGACCGGAGAGCCCCCCCGCCGCAGGCGUCCGGCGCGGGCUUCUUCAGCUCCAUCAGCAGUGUGGUGAAGCAGACGGCCGCCUCGGCGGGGCUGGUGGAGCAGGCGCCCGUGUCCCGGAGCCUCAAGACCCUGCUGGUCAUCGACGGAGCCCAGCACGACUGGGUCAAACUCUUUAGAGGAAAAAAACUGAAUGGAGAUUAUGACAUUAAAGUUGAACAGGCUGAGUUUGGGGACAUCAGUGUUGUGGCUCAUGCUAACGGGUCAUGCAACGUGGCUGUGCAGGUUUGGCAGAAUGGAAACAAGACUGUCAGGUCAUUUAAGCCCGACUUUGUCCUGAUCCGACAACAUGCUUUCAGCAUGACAGAGAACGAGGACUUCCGUAACUUAAUCAUCGGACUGCAGUACGCUGGGAUUCCCAGCAUCAACUCCCUGGAGUCCAUCUACAACCUCUGUGACAAACCCUGGGCCUUUGCGUGUCUGAUCAGCACAUACAAGAGACUCGGACUGGAGAAAUUCCCAUUAAUUGAACAGACGUUCUACCCCAACUAUAAAGAAAUGGUGACCAUGCCGGCAUUCCCCGUUGUGGUGAAAAUCGGGCACGCUCACGCUGGUGUGGGGAAGGUGAAAGUGGAGAACCACACCAAGUUUCAGGACAUCGCUAGUGUGGUGGCCAUCACUCAGACAUACAGCACAUGUGAACCUUUCAUCGAACCCAAGUAUGACAUCAGGAUCCAGAAAAUUGGAAAUGAUUACAAAGCUUACAUGAGGACGUCGGUGUCAGGUGACUGGAAGUCCAGCACUGGCACUGCCAUGGUGGAGCAGGUGGCCAUGACGGACAGGUAUAAGCUUUGGGUAGACACCUGCUGCGAAAUAUUUGGAGGCCUUGAAAUUUGUGCUGUAAAAGCCAUUCAUGGAAAAGAUGGAAAAGAUUACAUUACUGAGGUAAUGGGUUCGUCUAUGCCUUUAGAGGGGGACCAUCAGGCUGAGGACCAGCAGCUCAUAGCAGACAUGGUCAUCGCCAAAAUGAAUCAUGUUAUGUCCCAAAAUCCCAAAAGACCAACUGCUACUCAACCAAAACAGGUCACUGUUGAAAAGGACGCGUUGGUUGAAGUGAAGAACGGCCCGCCGCAGAAAGCUCCUCCUCAAGGCUGUUUGCAGUAUAUUCUCGACUGUAAUGGUGUUGCUGUGGGACCAAAGCUAGUGCAGGCAAACUAACACAACCAUGAAGAACUGCUGACAGGUUGUGUUCGAACAUUCAAACAGUGGCCUGGGGUGCGAGUGAACAAAUAAUGGGUAAGAAGUGUUAGUUUGGGCCUGAUCUGUCUUUCAGUGUGUACUGUGUAACGCUCACUGUUGUGCGCUUGUGACGGUUGCUUUUGUUUCUGUGUGAAGCGGUCUUCUCUUCAGGGCUGUUGUGUGUGGUGAUACAGCAGAUUGUGCCUAGUGCUCUCUCAAUUGUACUUUAUAUAUAUAUUUUCUUGUCUUAUGUCUAUGUUUCAGUAAAUUGUGGACAAAGGGUGUGUGUGUGUGUGUGUACAUGAAAGAAAGGAGACUAUAAAACGUAAAUGAAUACUUUAAUUGCAUGAUCGAAAUUGUGUGUCAUUGUGUGUUGAACGGUGAGGUGUGUGUUUUUCUUUUGUGAUCACUGUUGAAAUAAUAGAUAUCAUUCUUGCACUCUAGUAUUGUAAAUGUGUUAUAAAAUAUGGUGAAAUAUAUUUCCUACAUUGAAUGAAAGCUGUAUUACUGGACAUCUGUCAUUUUUGGGUUGCAAAAAUGUGAACAAUUUGUUUCUUGUUAACAAUAUUAUUGCAGAAUAGCAAAUUAAAUAAAUAAUAAGCAAUAAAAAUAUAACUCUGAACAACCA